AUCGCUCUCGCUCUGAUGCCCCUUCUUACUGACAUACAACCUGACUGACAUCAGAAUUUUCCAAAGUUUAGUGCAGAACGCGAAUAAAUAUAAAUAAAAUAAUUUUAUUCUUAGUGCCUAUCUUAUGUUCAACAAAGUUAAAGAUUUCAAAACAUAGUCUUAUCCCAGGUAAUGACAAAUAAGGAGUUGUCAUUACCUCCCGCAAUUAUGGAACAGAAAAACUCUGUUACAGAAGUUGCUGGAAUGUCAAAUGGUUACAGACGUCCAAGAACUAGUGCCGAUUUUUACGAAUUUUGUACAAUGGUUUUGCAAUACGCAAAUUACGAAGGCUGGAAAAAAGAUGAACUACGUAACGAGACAAACCAAAGCCCUCCCUUGGACAGCUCGGGGAGUAGUGUCAAUUCAGAGUCCACUAGUUCCGGUCAAAAGGAUAAACAAAGUGAAGAUGAUGAAGAUAGCGACUCUUUUAAUUUAGUUACUUGUUUUUGUGGCAAACCCUUUGCAGGUAGACCUAUGAUAGAGUGCUUGGAGUGCUUAACAUGGAUACACCUGUCCUGUGCUCGGAUUAAAAAAAACAAUAUACCAGAAGUGUUCCUAUGUGCCACGUGCAAAAAGAAGCAGCGAUCUGUGUCUCCCACUAGUCCCCCUGAUAAAGCUGUGAAACGUCCGCGUAGAUCGACGUAGAGUUAUUACAGAUACAUUGUAUAUAAACUAUACGUAGAAAACAAUGUAAAAAUGUAAAUACUCUAAUGUAAAUUCUUGAUUAUGUGCCCUUAAAAGGCCGUUUUAAUCACAAAAUUUAUUAACCUAUACAAAAUGAUAGUAUCUCUAUAUUUGUUGACUGUUUUAGUGAUGCUAUAUGAAUGUGAUAGGUGCGAAGUAUUCUCCAUUUUUUAUUUUAUUCGUGCCCCCACUCAUGUGUCAUUUAUUUUACAUCUUUAGUUAUAAGAGAACGUGUUAAGUUUAGGAAUGAAAAAUGGAGUGUACUGUCAAUUUUACUAUUUUUACAGCACAACAAGUAUUGUAAAAAUAAUAAAUCGACGCAUAAGCGUUCUAUAUUUUGUAAACGAAAAAUUCUAUAUUUAUAAAAAGAGAUCAUUGUUCGGCAACACAUUUUCAUAUUGAUGUUGGGAUUUGAACGUUUUGAUGGGCAAUCAUGGGAAAAUAAUAAGUCAGUUAAUUGGUAAACGCUCUCGUUUUGUCUGCAGCGUUCUCUUUUUUAAGACUUGUUUCGUCGUGAUUUGUUUCUACACAAUUUUUGUCUUACUUCAACAUGUCGUAACACGUCGUCGUUGCACGUUUAACUGGUCAUACGUCAGUCUUUUUCGCAUUAUUUACAGAAUCAAUUAUUUUUACUUUUGUUUCUCAGUCGAGUUUUCAAGAUGCGCUGAAAACACUCCUUUUUUAAUUUUCUACGUGGCUGCACUUCUUCAUGUCUAGUGACUUUCCGUUGUUUGUUCACCCACUCACUAAUUUGGAUGAUCAUAAUUCAUAAUCAUAACUGACUGCAAAUAAUGCGACACCGCCACAAAAAAGACUGACGUAUAGCUGACUAAACGUCAGAACGAACAAGCUGAACAUGUUCGAGUAAGCAAAUGGCGUCCGAGAACAAAUCGAGACUGUUUUUGUACUUUUAUUUUAUUUUUUUACUCAAUUGUAAAUUUUUAUCGUGCGACAAUGUUUAUUUUUAUGCAAUUAAUUUUAUAAAUACUCUAUAGGUGUUUUUCAAAUAACUGAGUCUAUUAUUUUCAGUUGUGAACACAUGAAAAAUUGUGAUAUUCUUUAAAAUAUAAUAUAUUAUAGUGCGCCCUCAAAGUUAUGACAAAUACAUUGCUAUAACUUUUUAUUUAUUGAUUGUUUUGUUAUUGUGAAUAAUUUCGAUUGUCAACGCUUAUGUCUGCAAUUCUCACUUUCCCAAGUGAUAGAUCUUUACACGGGACUUUAUUAUUUAUUGUAAAAUAUGUAGAUUAAACUUGAUUAAAAUGUUUUGCUGGACUGAAUUGUUUUAAGUUUGUUACCACAUUUUCAAGAAGUAUCUCACACACGAAGUAACUAACAUUUAGUUAUUGAUCAAUUUUCUUGCAGAUGUUGGUGUACCUCUAAUAUCAGUUAUAGUUUGUAGCAUAAGAUUAUUUUGAUAUGUUGUAUGUUAUAUUUUACUUCCCGUAUAUUUUUAUAUUAUAUUAAGUUCGUGGUAUUAAAGUUACACAGGUCUUUCAGACACGUGUUGUUAAUGAUAAACAUGAAAAAAUUAAAUACUUUUUAUAAGGCAUUGUAUUUGCAAUAAAAUUUAAAUGUUU